GGCGUGCUCAGUACUGUGGCGAGAGCCGUUGCGAGCGGUGAAGCCUUCUCGCGAUCGCCCAAUCAUUUUAUUCGACGAUCGUGUUUACGGGAUAAAGUGACGGUUUACGAAAACGGAGAGAUGCUCGUCUGUCGUUGAUCCACGACAAGGAAAAGUAAUCGAACAAGAUAACGGAGAUUCUGUUCGGAGGGAUUACGGAUGCAUAGGAUGAAAGAUAAAAUUCAACUCUAAAUAAAACGUAGUUGUUAUUCGACGUGAACAGUGAUUGUUGUGGGUUAUUGGUUUUCCCAGUUUUAUAUAGUAUAUUGGUUAAUCCCGCCGAUGAGAGGUCGGAACUGGUGACGAUCGUGGAUUAUUGUGGUGUUACGUUACGAUCGGUGCUGCUAGUUGAUAUCGGAGCAACGCUCGUACCGCACGUUAGCGGUGCGUACAUUGACACGCCGUACUGUGAAGGGAGAUGAUCUGAUCUGGACCAACGAACUGGUUUUAUUGAGCCUAGAUAUUUUCAAACGUCCGUUCACCAAGUGCAGGCAGAUCGUCGAGAGAAGCUCAAGACCGUUUUUCGUUUUUCUAAUAACGAUGCUGUGAAUCGCAAUUUCGAAGAACGAGAGUGGGAAAGACGGGCGAAAGAAAGAUAAGUUGUGAAAGAGGUGUGAAAAGCAACUAUCGAAACAAUGGGAAAUCUAGUAGUUUUCAUCGCUUUUGCUCUAUUCGGCAAUUGCAUAUGCGUUGAGUGGAGGCAUAGUGCAGUUCUCGAUAACAACUUCCUCGUACUUUGGACGCCGGGUGACAAGGAUGUCACGUUUGAAGUUCAGGUCAAAACUCUUGGCUACGUUGGCCUGGGUUUCACAAAGGACGAGGGGCGCGUCGGAGCUGACAUGGUCAUCGGAUGGGUCGACAACAAUGGACAGGUUCAUCUUCAGGACCGACACGUGAAAGAUGCCAGCAGGGACCCGCAAAUGGACUCUAGUCAGGAUUAUCGACUUCUGCUCGGAUACGAGAACAAAACUCACACCGUUUUACGGUUCAGUAGGCGGUAUGACACGUGUGACCCACGGGAUCUGAAAAUCACGAAUGAUACCAUGCAGGUAGUUUGGCAGUAUCAUGCGGAGGAACCGGUAUCGGCUGCCGGUGUCCUACCCGAUCACGGGGACAUCAGGGGAUCCCGUCCCCUCUACUUGGUGCAACGUGACGCUCAGCCUGCACGGCGUACCUCUCGAAACCAGGAACAGGAGACGCCACUUCAAAUCUGGGACGUCCUCAACCAACAGGUUCGACUGCCCAUGCAAGAGGACACGUUGCUUUGGUGCCGGGUAUUGAAGAUGCCCGCGAUCCGCCAGAAACAUCACGUCGUCAGAUAUGAACCGGUCAUUCAGCCCGGCAGUAAGGAAUAUCUUCAUCACAUGACGCUCUACGAGUGCCGUGGAUCAUCCUCCGACAUGGAAGCGGCCGCUCGUGCUUCGGGUGGCGUUUGUUAUCAACCGGGGCAACCGAUUUUGCAGUGCAACACCAUCGCCGCUACCUGGAGUUUAGGAUCGGAGGGUUUUAAUUACCCUCCGGAGGCUGGCUACGCCCUAGACCCGCACGCCGGUCCGUUAUUCUACAUGCUCGAAACCCACUACACCAAUCCUCAGCUGGACGCUUUCAUAAGCGACAGUUCUGGCCUGAGGCUUCUUUACACCGACCGUUUGCGAACCCACGACGCAGGGGUCCUCAGCAUCGGUAUAGAUCCGAACUGGAGGCACAUCAUUCCUCCCGGUCAACCGGAAGUUAUAUCGGAGGGGCAUUGCGUGGCCGAUUGCACCGGACAGACGAUUCCCAACAACGGCGUAAAUAUGUUUGCGGUAAUAAUGCACACCCAUCAACUGGGAAAUAAAGUCAGACUUCGCCAAAUUCGAGCGGGCGAAGAACUUCCACCGAUCGCAUCGGACGCCAACUACAAUCCGAGUUAUCAGGAAUAUAGGAGACUUCAACGACCGGUUAAGAUUUACCCGGGCGAUCAUCUCGUCGCUGAGUGCACCUAUUCGUCAGAGUCCAGAGCGGCGAUUACACUCGGUGGAUUGACCACUAGAGAGGAAACGUGUCUGAUAUCUGCUCUCUAUUAUCCGCGGAUAGAGCUUUCCCUCUGUUACUCGCUUCCAUCGCUUCCUACCGUUUUACACAGCUUGGGUAUACAGCAGUUGAUGUCCGGUUCAAGCCCUGUUAAAAUUCAGGCGCCCCCCGAACUAUCGGGAUUGACUUUGGAGGAACGUUUGGUAAGCUACGACUGGGAAACUGGUUUCCAAAGUUUUCAGGAGGCUACUAGACGCGGUACAUUUAAACCACUUUGCUGGAGUAGUCGGGGUGUACUUCUACCGGGUACCGAACAACUAGAGUCUCAUUACCCACGAAUAAUACGGCCUUACGAAGAGCCGACCUUACCGUGUACGAAGAAACCUCUCCGUAAUAAAUUGUCGAUGAUGUUGAGCGAAGACGGAGAUAUCGGUACACCCGUUGAACCGGAUAGUGACGAAGCUAACGCCGUUGAACGGGGUCAGUUGGUACGGAGCAAAGUUUCACGCAGUAGCGAGGGUCCAGCGGCCGGAAGUUCCGGUGCCAGAAGUGUUUCCGUUGCUCUUGUUGUCGCGGCAGUUGUCGCAGCGUUUCGAUGAACGCUAGGUGAUUAAAGUGAAAACUUUGUGGUGAAUUUUCGUUUGUAUCCUAUACUAUACAGUGUCGAAUGUUUCGUCGGAUCAGUGUCGUUCUGUUAUGCGCAACGAGGAUUGCUAUACGUUCGAAACGAUGCUUAUGCGAAGGAGGGGAUCAUCGGGAACCAAGGAUCUUCGCACAAGGAUCGCAGGAUGCGUGAGUAUAAAUAACAUCCAAGAGUCGAGGGAAUCGUGUCAGCGUAUUCUAAAUCGUCGUCGUAUUCGUCGUUGACGUUCGCCUGACCAUGUAUGGAUUCGCACGGCGGACCGCAGAUCCGUGAUUUCUUGUUCCCAGCGCGUGAUUUUUAAGAGGCGUUUAAUAUUAUAUGGCCCUGGUUAUCUUUCCGACGCAGCUCGAUGGACUUCCAUUAAAUGUUCUUUUUUAUAUUUAUUCUUUUCCUAUCCUUUUUUUAUAUAUAUAUAUAUAUAUAUAUUUCAUUACUCGUUUUCUUCGCGUAACAUUCGGAUGAAAAUAAACUCGUGAAUACAUAAAAACCGAGAUAUUCCAAGAUUGAAAAUGAAGUGGGUACACAGUGUAUUUAUUUGAAUAAAACUCGUGCUGUUCGCGUUGAGCUGCCGCGUUGAGAUUAUCCCCAGGUAUAAGAGGAGCUUGUACCCCGGAGAUACAUUAUAUGUAUGGAUUACAAGCUUCUCGUCGUUCGAAAUCAAGUGGGAGAAAGAUAUGUAAAAUUGAUCAUCAUUAUACCGUUGGCUGUUUAUUUGCCUGAUGAGAACUAGUCGAACCUUAAAGCUGUAGGGAUAAUACGGUGUUAAUAUAUUGAUAUAUCGCGUGGAUGAACGUAGUUAACUUAUUAUUACUCGUUAUGCAGUUGCGCUUCUAUGGUUGUUUCGUUAUUGUAUAAUCGAGGCACCGCGCACCGCGUCGACACUAUCUUCACAUAGGACUGCACGCAAAAUUUUCUUUUUUUCUUUCAUUAUCUUUCUCAAUGCGUACUCGUUCCAAGAAUAGUUACGUAAAAAAUUAUGGGCGGAUAUCAUGUACAGUGUAAAAUGCAAUACGAAUACCGCAGCUGGGGUUUUCGUCGAUAGUUCUCAUCAGGAUUUUGUACAUUUUGUUGAUUAUUAAAUUUAUUGAAUCGGGCGUUCGCAUUGUCAGAUGUAAACGUUGGUUGAUUCGCGUCGCGAGUUUGAAUAUGAAUUUGAAUAUAUAUAUAAAACGAACGAAUCGUUGUUUGUUUUAGGUGUUCAGCUAGCGUUUUUUAUCGCCCAUUAUGAAUAAAUACGCACAUACGCAACGUGUGUACACGUGUCGCGUACAUGAGUCGUAUGUAUCAAGCGUGGAUUUUCAGUUUUCCCUGAGUGUAUACUAAACGCCGGCUCACCGAUAUUAUACCGUUAAUUAAUUAAUACGACUUAACCAACGUUUAUACCGGAGCUGAACCGCACCUUCUGUAUUAUUAUGUACAUACAGUAUAUCUCUAUCACCCAGUAUUCGUUCGUACGUUUCGAAUAAUAUUAAUAUAAAGAUAUUAUUUAUUUCUUAUUUAAAUUCCUGUAAAGAGAGAUUAUUUUCACUAAACAAUUGUUAAACAUUUUUCUAUAUUGAACCGCAAAAGAUUUGAUACCUACCCUAAUAUAAAAUCUAACAUUAUGCGUUAAAGGACAAAAAAGAGAGAGGCGAAGGAAACCGGAACCUACCCUGAAAUCGCACAUACAUACAUAAUGUCUGUAGGAUUAUAUAAACUAUAAAAGUGAUUGAAAUGAAAACAAAUUCUACGAUCUCUGGUAACGCUAUUCGCCCGACAGUUCGGUACAGCGAAACGAAAAUAAUUUCACGUCGAAGUCGUCCGAAAGCUCAUUGUGUCAGUCGAGAACACGUCGAUUCGCAUUUUAUCAUCCGACGUUUCUCUCAUUUUACUCAAUGUAUUUAUGCAGCAUUCACUUACCGCUGAGAAUAACUACUGAUUCGGACGGCGUCGUUCAAAAUUUUGGGAUAUUCGUAUAUUCGUAUUAUAUAAUAUUAAAAAAAUCAAAGCCACAGAUUCCACUUUUGAUGUUAGACUGACUCCCCCCUCCCGCCUUGCCAAAUCAUCCGAUAACUUAUAAUCCAUCCUUUUCGCUGCCCAACUACAGGCAAGUGGAUUUGAAUUAAUCUCCAAAUCCCGUGGGAUAAUAGGUACGAAAAAAAUCGUUGCCCUCUCAUACAGCGAAUAGAAAGUAGGAAGCCUCACUCCCCUCCAUCAUAUAUUAUGUAGCAAUCAAUUAAUAUUGUAAUACGUAAUAAUUUACAAUUCAAUACAAUAAUUCGUAAAUGUAAUAGGGAUAUGUGUACGUAGGCCGUAGGGCAGUCAACUUGCUGUGUUGAAAAAUAGAAAAAUACAAAAAAAAAGAUUUAAAAAAAACCCAAAAAAGCCAAAAAAAAAAAAUAAUGAGUAUGAAAAAACAUGAAUAAACUAAGAGAAUAACAAUAUCCAAACUUAAAUGCUAUAGGAAAUUAAAUUGUACCGAUAAAACGUCGCCCAUAUCCAAACUGCCCAUUUUACGUUCUGCACCUUCAUUCAAUGUAAUACCUCUAUAUGCAAGUACAUUUCUUUGGCAUUUACUUCUUAGUUAUUUUUUUCUCAAUCAUUUAUUUUUCAAUUUUCUUCCUUCAACUACUUUCAUUUCCUAUAUACACACAGAUCUGUAGCUCCGAUCCAUUUAAAUACACUCUUAAUCGUGUAUAGUCACGAAUUUAAUUAAAGCUCGCCGAUCGCGUACAGAUUUCUUUCCUUUUACAUCGAAUAUUAUUGUAAGGUGGUAACCGGAAUGCAGUUAGUGUGGACGUUGGAUUAUUUCGAAGCAAAGGAAAGAAAAGAAAUACAAAUCUAAACCGAUAGAAUUUAAUGAAAACGCGCGAUACGUGUACUUUUUUUUGCUUUUCAUUUUUCCUCGUCAUUUCGUUUAUUCAGAAGAAAUGCAUCGUUGAUUUGUCGCAAGAUUUUUUUUGCGAUUUUCUUUAAAAAAAAAAAAAAAAAAUACCUAUAUUCUCCUUCAUCACUACUGUACCAGUCCACGCGAUUUGCUGUACGGUUGCUACGAUUGAGCCGACCAAAGCUACGGAAUGAGAGAAUCCUGGGGGGCAUAAAGCUGCCGGUGAUAUGACCAGAACAAUCAGCAGAGUGUAACGUAUUUAAGAUAGAAGAAAAAAAAUAAAUAAAAUAAAACGAAAUAUAAAGGGAAGAGAAAAUCACAUUGAAAUAAAUAUUAACACGUCACUAAAAAAAAUAAAACAAAAAAAAAAUACUGGAAUAUGUUAGAUAGAAGAAGAUAUUACUCUGUGUCUAUACUCGAAGACCUUGUGUCACGUGUAUGUUAGUUAAUUUCUAAUGCGACGCUGGCUUGACGCAUCCUGUUUUACAUGGAAAGCCAGAAAAAAAUGGAGAAAGAUAUAUUGGUAAUCUGUUGAUGAUGUGAAAAAUGAAAUGAAAUUUUUUCCACGUUGUUAUCUAUGCAUUAUUUUCCUUCUGACGAUAUCGUUCGCGACGUUAGCUCGCAAUUAUAUUUCACGAAGGCAAUCUCCGUCUCUUCGAGGGGGUCGUUGAUUGUUCGGUACAAAAGACGGAGAAUAUUUUACUCGCCUGAUUUGGCCAAAAUGAAUUGUCUCGGCAGGGGAGUUUCUGCGCACAUACGUAACGGCAGAAGGUAAUGACUGAAUGAAUGUAUAAUUCUUUUUUCUAAUAUAAUUUUAAUUUCUUUUUUUUUUCAUUUCGCGAACAGGCAAGCGUCGUCACUGUAUAUGUAUCAUGUAGAAAUUUAGAGAUUGUCGGUCAAUGGAGAAUAAAGAAGAAUUAAAACGAUUCAUCUCAUAUAUGCGUAAAUGCAACAGUCAAAAAAUAAAUAAUAAUAAUAUUGAUAAUAUUAAUGAGUAAUAGUAAUAAUAAUAAUGAUAAUAUCAAAGCGUAAAAGUCACACUGUGAGAGAACAGCAGAGGUAAUAUUGAGACGUUCGAAGAAGAGAUGAACGAAAGCCGAAGAUAAUGAUAGAGACAGAGAGACGCGUGAGAGCGGAUCAUAUAGAAACGUGUAAAUAGGAACCCUGUAUAUAGUAUUAGUUUAAAACACGUCCUGAUAGUCCCACUGUCACAUGCGAAUAUGUGUAAAAGAAACCAUGAAAUAAUAUUACUAAUAUUAAUGAUAAUAUUGAUAAUUAUAAAAUACACACUUAGCUGCAUAGAAAUUCAACUAAAUAAUUUGUCACAACUUCAGACUCUGUUUAAGUUUAUAAGUUUGAAAAAACACUGACCACCCUGUUCCUUGAAUAGUUGCGCCUAAUCUAAACUUAACGUUAAAGUUAAUACUAGCCACUACUAUCAUCUGUACUGUAACAAAUUGUAUUAUAUUUUAUAUAUAUAUAAAUAUGUAAAUGUUUUUCUAACUA